AUUUUUGCAAUGAGGUUUAUUCUACUUAUAAUCUUCUUGGUCUUCAGUCUAGUUGAGUUUUCUUUUGCAUACGGUGAAGUUGUAGAACGAAUCAAUCCAAAGGGCUUCCGCAUUAAGACAUCAGAUUAUAUCAUCGAUGGCCGAAUUUCCUAUGCGAUCUUCAAAGUGAAGAUCAAUAAAACACUGGAACCAGAAGGACCUUUCGAUUUUAUUGCUCUCAUUACUGAAAGUGAUUAUGGUCAAUGGAUUUAUGAUAAUAUCAAUGUUCGUGUUGAAGGCGGUUGGAAGAUUUCAUACCACAUUGACUACUUUGAAGAUCCAUAUAGUUUCAAUACUACACAUAAACCAAUGAAACAAGUAAGAAAAGAUACUGUAUUUCCUAACAACACUAUCGACAUUACGUCUCCAAGCAAAGAACAAUGUUCGAAACUUUAUGAAAUCAGUGAAGACUGUGAACUGUCAGUAACAACUGUCCGAGGGCAACGAGUAUGCAAGGGAGUACGAAUCUUCGAAGAAGAUUUCAACUUUUUAAGUGCGAAAGUGUGGAAAAUUGAUGCUCGAAUACCGUUGGAUACGGAAGACUCUCCAUUUGUGUCAUUUCAAAAUGAUCCCGAAGUUGUUUACGCUCGUAACGGUGUGUUGCGUAUUAAACCAAAAUUUCUUUGUACUCCAGGUGUCAAUGAAACUUUGUUGAAGACUGGGACUCUGAAUAUUGAGAAUUGUUCAGGAAUCGGAAAGGAGUGUUUAAAAAAAGCUAAAUUCUCACAAAUCUUGCCUCCAAUUAUUUCUGCAAGAAUUCGAACCAAACAUUCAUUCAGCUUUCGGUAUGGAAAAAUAGUAAUUGGAGCAAAAAUGCCUCGUGGUGAUUGGACAAUGCCAAUGUUAUUUUUGGACCCAAUGGAAAACUACUAUGGCUCUUCAAACUAUGCAUCCGGCCAAAUAAGAAUUGCAAGUUUGCGGGGAAAUGAUCAUCUUCAGUCGCCUGAUAAUAAAGAUCUAUCAAGUCGGCAUUUAUCAGGUGGCGUUGUGUUGGAAGAUCGAGGAUCUUUACAUGAAGCCUCAUUUCGUCAUUAUGAUUCUGAUGAACAAAUUUCACAUGAUUUUCAUAACUUUAGCCUAACUUGGACAGAGGACAGUAUCAUAUUUAAAAUUGAUGAUCACGAAUAUGGAAUUAUUAAAGGAGGAUUUUCAAAAUCAUAUUUGUAUAAAAAUUCAAAUGCAUGGCAAAGUGAUAGCAUUUUGGCGCCUUUUGAUCGAGAGUUUUAUUUUACAAUUGGAUUGUCUGUUGGCGGUCAUGUAGAAUUUCCAGACUUUAGUUAUAGUGGAAAAUUAGAUAAACCAUAUAUGAAACCAUGGAACAAUCAAGAUCCGAAAGCAAUGUUAAAGUUUUGGAAUGAUCGAGGAAAUUGGAUGAGAUCAUGGAUUGAAUAUAACACACAAUUAGAAGUUAAUUUUAUUUUAGUUGAUGCUUUGUGAAAUAUUUUUAAUAAAUUAAAAAUUUUUGAUAA